AUGAAACUUCUAUUAGGAUUUUUUGCAACACCUCCGAACAUCAACUUAACUAAUGAUGAUAAAUGUUUGCAAAUUGAUAUACCAGGCGCUGAUCUUACCGUCGGGAAUAAAAAAGCAAACAUGUUACAUCUAGAAAACAUAGUCAAAACUUAUAAUAGUAAAUUUGAUCAUGCAUUAGUUAUGUCUGAUUUAAAUCCUUCUGAUCGUCAAAAUUACAGAUCUUGUGAAAAGGUCAGUAGCGAUGAAGUUUUAGCAAUUUUAGAAUCAAAUGAUGAUACAUAUGCUACAUUUCUUUAUAUUAAAUUACUUCGUUACAUAAUUGAUGCAUUUAUAAACAAAGCUACUUCGAUUAGAGAUCGUCUCUAUUUCGCUUGGACAAUAGUCUUCGUCUGUCGUCUAUGGAAAGCAUGGUUGAAUUUAGAAUUCAAAUCAUCAACUCAGAAAAUUCAUGAAGGCAGCUUACCAUCGGAAUCAUUACAAAUUCCAUUGUUUAGCAACCAAUCACGUGAAAGUAUUUUUAGAAGUUCCAGAUCCUUAACUGGAACACAAUCAACAAUGGUGAAUUUCACUGUGAAGGAAGCAUUAAGUGUUGAAACAUACAACAGCUUGAAGAAGUCAAAUCGAGUUACCGACUCAGCAACGUCAAAAACGUUCACAGAUUCUGAUUCAGAUAAUGGCGAUAAUGAUGACUUUAAUAGUAAUGAUGAUGAAGAUGAAAAUCAGUAUGGAAUUUCAAUGAUAAAUGAUGACGAUGAUAUGCCAGAUAACAUUCUGCAAUCAAAUAGAACCGAUUUUUCUGGUAUGCAAAUAUUUGAUUCAAUUGAUCAAGCACAUAAAAACUCAUAUUUUGAAGUUGAAAUUAAUAACAAAAAAAAAUUUCUACAUAAACAAACAGCAUGUUGGUAUUUGACCGAAGGAAAAGGUCAUUUAUCUAGUGACCGUCUGUCGCGUAUGAAACAGACGAGCGGAUAA